GCAGACGUCAGAUGAGCACAGCAGACAAAUGGGGUGAAGACAGAAAAGAGGUGUAUCGUAUUUCGUAUGUAUUUCGCUGCUAUAAACGGCGCAUUAAACUAUUUACAUUACAGCAUCACAGUAUGCAGUUUUAUCCCUGGUGUGUGACGAAAUGCCAGACGGUGAUCAACAGAUAUUGACGAAUAAACCGCUUGAAUAUUCACUCUGUGUGAAAUAUUUAUCAACUACAAUGCGAUAUCUCGGGGAGAUUCUCGUCGUUAUUCUUUUUGUAUUUACAUCCUAUGCAAGUCUACAGAAAGGGUCAUUGAAAAUACAAUCUCAGUCACCACCUGUGCCUCUCCUAAAUAGUAAUGCAACUGUAAGUGACUUUUAUGGAGGUGAUAUCGCAACUCCUUUUACUACAGUACUACACUCUGAUGUCUCACUAGUCAUGUACUAUGCUCCGUGGGACUUUGAUUCUCAAUUAGCAAUUCAUGAUUUUGAGAAAAUUGCCAAGAAAUAUAAAGGGCAGGUGUUCUGUUCUUCUAUCAACUGUUGGGUUUCCAAUGGUGCCUGCAAAAAAACGUUCCCCAAGCUCAGAAGCUUUCCACUAAUACUGGGCUAUGUAGGAGGGACUAAAGGUGUCCAAUAUAGAGGUCCACUUCAGUAUGAAUAUUUGGAUAAAUUUGUUCAAAGUUUGCUCAAACCGCUGAAAAGAAUUGAAACUGUUGCUGACCUAUACAAAUUAUUGACUCAGUCCACUGCUGUUGUUACAGGUUACUUCAACUUUGACUCAGUAAAACCAAAUGGGUUUUAUUCAUUUUAUUUAGCAUCCUUGAGAAACUUGGAAUAUGAUGCCCAUGAAUCAAUUGCAUUUGCAAUUGCAACAAAUCCUAAUGCUGCAAAUAGACUUGGAAUUAAUUUGAUAACAACUUCUCAGCAGUUUGACGUACGAUUGCAUUUGUGGAACGAGACUCUGAUUUAUCCUCAUAAUGAAAACACAAUCGAUGUCCCUCGGUUUUUGCAGUGGAUUCAUUACCGUAGCCAUUCCCCGAUUCAAUUAAUUUGGCCUAGCUGUCGAAAAAACCAAUUGAUUCAACACUACCUCAUUGAGCAACAGCGACCUUCCCUUAUUCUCUUCACAUCAACAUUGACUCCUUCAUAUCAAACUCUGAUGGUGAAAGAAAUAGCAUUUGACUACAACAAUUGUGCUUUCUCUCUUCGAAUAGCCAGACUUAUAGAAGAAAUUCAGCGCCAAAGAUAUGCAAUGGAAACUUCUCGAUUAGCAGCCGAAAGACAAUGUAGCAUAUUUGAAAAAGAAAGGGAAUGCGGUUUGAGCAAUACGUCACUUUAUAUCAAUGCUUCAAUCACUACCGAUAGCAGCGUCGAAAAAACCUGUGGAUUCUCAUUUGAACCGACAUUAUUCAAAUUUCAAGGCCUGGGCUGCCGUACAAAUCGCAGUUUAAAAUUUUUUGUUAUCAAUUCGAACCAAUAUCCAAAUUUCCUGAUGAACUUAGGCUAUUCAUCAAAAGAAAUUCGCCAAAAUGCUAACAUUGCAUUGAUCGUCGAUCCCAAGGCAGAAUCCCAUUACAUUAUGAGCCAGACGUUGUCAAAGGAAAACUUAGAAAAUUUUAUCGUUAACUAUACGGAAAACAGCUUGAGGCGAUUUCAGCGAAGCCACCAAAAAUCAAAAUUGUGUCCACCCGACCGGGUUUGUCUGGAAGAAAUCUCGACGGAUGAAUUUGAAAAAGUUGUGCUCGAUCCAUCGCACGACGCGAUCGUCUUUUACAGAAAGAAUGGAUGCGUAUUUUGUGAGGUUGGCGCUCGUUUCUUUUUGAAACUGUCUCUGAUGUUUUCCUUGUCAGCUGCAUCGUUUCUGGAGAACACCGAUCUGCGCCAGAUCAGAUUUGCCACUAUCAAUGCCGAAGAGAACGACUUGCCUUGGCAGUUUACUGUCGAUAAAUAUCCUUCCAUCGUUUUCUAUCCGGCAUACAGGAAGUCGGAGAGUCGUCUAUACCCACAUAAUUUGGAAUUAAAUGAAGCAAACCUGCUGAACUUCACACUUUCUCAGUUGAGCAUUAAAAAUCGGGUGUCGUGGUUUAUUCAUUUUUGUCGUGACACUCCUUGCCUACAAGAAGCUCACAGACAGAUUGAUGCUCAAAUAGGGAUAAUUGAUCGGCAAAUUCGAGUUUUCCGUAAUCGUUUACUGUGGUCAAUUGACGGUGAUCGGGCAUCGAUGGAAGAGUUACGGGGCUGGGUUAAAGAACGUCAUUUUUUCAAAGAGCUCAGCUAUUCCGUCCGGAAAACAGUGGUUCGCAUACUACGACGAAUGAACCGCGACGGAUAUCCUAAUGGCGUUCGUAUAACUGCUGCUGAAUGAGAUUUGACAUAUUAAAAUUAACGAAAAACGCUACACAAGUGUAUUUUUCAAGUGCGCAGCAAGGUUAAUCGUUAAAGCCUUAUUAAGUUCUAAUUGUAAGAGAAUUUGAAACUUGUUCUCACACUGACCAUUGCUUGUUUGUGCUUGUGCGAUUCCGUGUUGCAACAAAUUAUUGGCGUAAUGCACGUUAACAUUGUGAAGGUAUAAAUCUUUUAUGUGGGUUGUGUACUUGUGUUAAAUUUGUACCAUGUUAAUAAAUGCUAAAUUGAGUAUGA